AUGUUAUCAUUUUCGUUAGCAAUCGAAGUUAAAUUAACAGCCGAAUUGAAGCGCGAGGUGCCGUUGAAAGAUUAUCGCAAUAUCGGAAUUAUGGCUCACAUAGAUGCCGGAAAGACGACGACAACUGAACGUGUUCUAUACUACACGGGAAGGAACUAUAAGAUCGGUGAGGUACACGAGGGUACAGCUACAAUGGACUGGAUGGAACAGGAGCAGGAAAGAGGUAUUACCACAACAUUGGCCCCGACUACGACGUUUUGGAAAAACCACCGGAUUAAUAUUAUCGAUACCCCUGUCCAUGUUGACUUUACGCUCGAGGUGGAGCGAGCUCUCAGGGUUUUAGAUGGAGCCAUAUGCUUGUUCGAUAGUGUUUCCGGUGUUGAACUACAAUCUGAAACUGUCUGGAGGCAGGCUGAUAAGUACGGGGUACCCAGAAUUUGCUUUGUCAAUAAGAUGGAUCGACUAGGAGCAAAUUUUUCCGGACACGAGAAAAAUAAGGGUGUUCAGCCGUUACUCGAUGCCGUUAUGGAUUACUUGCCAUCGCCUGUUGAAUUGCCGCCAAUGAAGGGGACUGAUCCUGAGAACCCUGAAGUGACAAUUGAAAGGAAAGCAAGCGAUGAUGAACCAUUUUCAGGACUGGCUUUCAAAAUCAUGACCGAUCCAUUUGUAGGAUCCCUUACCUUUGUCAGGGUGUAUUCGGGAAAGCUUAGUGCAGGAUCUUAUGUUCUGAACGCGAACAAAGGAAGGAAAGAGAGAAUAGGUAGAUUGUUGGAAAUGCACGCCAAUAGUAGAGAGGAUGUUAAGGUUGCUUUGGCCGGUGAUAUUGUUGCUCUUUCAGGUCUAAAGGAUACCAUUACGGGUGAAACACUUAGCGACCCUGACCAUCCCGUUGUCCUUGAGCGGAUGGACUUCCCCGGCCCUGUGAUUAAGGUUGCUAUUGAACCCAAGACUAAAGCUGAUGUCGAUAAAAUGGCUAAUGGUUUGAUCAAGCUUGCCCAAGAAAACCCUUCUUUUCACUUCUCACGAUACGAAGAGAUCAACCAGACUGUAAUCGAAGGAAUGGGAGAAUUGCAUCUCGAGAUUAUCGUUGAUCGUCUGAAGAGAGAAUUCAAGGUAGAAGCUAAUGUCGGCGCACCACAAGUUAAUUACCGUGAAAGCAUUUCCAAAGUUUCAGAAGUUAAAUAUGUGCACAAGAAACAGUCCGGUGGACAAGGACAGUUUGCUGAUAUCACUGUCCGUUUCGAGCCGACGGAGGCAGGUAGUGGGUACGAGUUCAAGAGUGAAAUCAAAGGUGGAGCGGUGCCAAAAGAAUAUAUUCCCGGAGUGAUGAAAGGGCUGGAGGAGGGCAUGUGUAACGGUGUCCUCGCAGGCUUUCCCGUUGUGGACGUACGUGCUGUGCUAGUAGACUGUUCUUACCACGAUGUUGAUUCAAGUGUCUUGGCAUUUCAACUGGCUGCCAGGGGAGCCUUCCGAGAGGGGGUUAGAAAGGCUGGUCCUAGAAUGCUCGAACCUAUAAUGAAAGUCGAGGUUGUUACACCCGAAGAACACUUAGAUGUGAUCGGGGGUCUCAACUCUAGGAGAGGCCAGAUUAACAGCUUUGGUGAUAAGCCUGGUGGACUCAAGGUGGUGGAUGCCCUCGCCGAAAUGUUCCAAUACGUCAGCACUCUCCGAGGAAUGACAAAAGGUCGUGCAUCCUACACAAUGCAAUUGGACAAGUUUGAUGUUGUCCCUCAACAUAUCCAGAACGAGCUUGCUUCAAAACAGCAAGAAGUUGCUGCUUGAUUUUGUUAUUCAUAUUUUCUUGGCAUCCAAACACUAUUUUUUGUUCAUAAUAUGAUGUCCAAUAUUACUCCUUUUUCCCCUUUAAAUUCUAAAUUUCAUUUAUCAGUUUUGGAUAUAAA